AUGUCGCAGCAAAAGCAAAAGAACAAGACCAACGACCAAACCCAAAAACAAGAAAACAACGAAACCAAAAACAGCAACAACAACAAGAAGGAAGAUGAAACAAAGCCAACAACAGUCAUUUUGAAAGUCGACAUGCAUUGCGACGGUUGCGCUUCCAAAAUCGUCAAAUGCAUUCGCGGUUUCGAAGCGUUGAAAUUGAACCUUCUUGUUGAAGGCUUUGAGAAAAUGAAUGUGGAUAAAGAAACCGGAAAAUUCACCAUUAAUGGAACCGUCGACGCUGCAAAACUCAAAGACAAGCUUGUUAGUAAGACCAAGAAGAAAGUUGAUGUUAUUUCUCCGAUUCUCAAAAAUGACAAAGAAAACAAAGACAACAAAAACAAACCGGAAGAGAAAAAACCUAAAGAGCCUCCGGUGACGACGACUGUUUUGAAGAUGGAACUGCAUUGUCAAGGAUGUAUUGAGAAAAUUCGGAAAACUGUGUCAAAGACAAAAGGUGUUUAUGAUGUGAAAAUAGAUAAGGAGAAAGAGACAGUGACAGUGAAGGGAACAAUGGAUGUGAAAGUGAUGGUGGAGAAAAUGAAGAAGAAAUUCAAGAGGAAGGUUGAGGUGGUUCCGCCGAAGAAGGAGAAGGAGAAAGAGAAUGAGAAAGAGAAAGAGAAGAACAAAGGUGAGAAUGAUGGAGGUAAGAAGAAUAAGCAGAAAGGUGAAGGUGGAAAUAACAAGGUUGAUGAGAAUGGUGGAAAGGGGAAAAUGGAGGUUACGACGAAUUCGAACGGACAUGGUUAUGGAUAUGGAUAUGGCUUAUUGGGAUUUGAUUAUGGUUAUAAUAAUAGUAAUGGAGAAGGUGAAAUUCUGCAGUUGCCUGCUCCUCCUCAAAUGUUUAGUGAUGAAAACCCUAAUGCUUGUUGUAUUAUGUGA